AUGUCAUCAUUAACACCUGAAGAUACCAAACUGUCAAGUAGUGUUGUUGAAGGACAAGAAUAUGAGAAUGAAAGUUCAAUUACAUCCACUAAUAGAUCAACAUCAUCUAUAAAACCAAUGAAACAACGUAAUAUUCAAUUAUUUAAUGAUGUUGAAGAUAAAACACAAGAAGCAUUAGGUACAUUUACUGAAAUUGGUGAUUGUAUAUAUCAUACGAAAAAUAUUGGAGCACCAAUGAAGAAGAAUACAAUUAAUAAACAUAAACCUGAAUUUAUGACUUGUGAUUGUCAAGAAGAAUGGGAUGGAGAAUUAAGGAAGAAUUUAGCAUGUGGAGAAGAUUCAAAUUGUAUUAAUAGAAUAACAUCAGUUGAAUGUAUUAAUAAACAUUGUUCAUGUGGAGAAGAUUGUGAAAAUCAAAGAUUUCAAAAAAAAUUAUAUUCAAAAGUAUCAGUAUUUCAAACAGAAUUAAAAGGAUAUGGAUUAAAAAGUGAAGAAAUUAUUAAUGAAAAUCAAUUUAUUUAUGAAUAUAUUGGUGAAGUUAUUAAUGAAACUGAUUUUAGAAAAAGAAUGAUUGAAUAUGAUUUAGAAAAUUAUAAACAUUUUUAUUUUAUGAUGUUGGAUCAUGAUUCAUUUAUUGAUGCUACAAAAAAAGGAUGUUUAGCAAGAUUUGCAAACCAUUCAUGUAAUCCAAAUGCAUAUGUUGAUAAAUGGGUAGUUGGAGAUAAAUUAAGAAUGGGGAUUUUUGCAAAAAGAAGAAUUGAAAAAGGUGAAGAAAUUACAUUUGAUUAUAAUGUUGAUAGAUACGGAGCUCAAUCUCAACCUUGUUAUUGUGGUGAACCAAAUUGUAUUAAAUUUAUGGGUGGUAAAACUCAAACAGAUGCUGCUUUAUUAUUACCUGAAGUUUUAGCUGAUGCUUUAGGUGUUACUCCAAAACAAGAAAAACAAUGGUUGAAAGAGAAUAAAUCAAUUCGUAAAGAUCAACAAAGUGAUGAAAGUAAAAUUAAUGAAAAAUUUGUUCAAAGUAUUGAAGCUUUGCCAUUGACUGAAUUUGAUGUUAGUAAAAUAAUGAGUGCAUUAAUGAAAUGUCAAGAGAUUUUAAUUAUUGAUAAAUUAGUUGAAAGAAUUUAUAAAACUAAUGAUUCAGAUAUUAAUGGACUGUUGGUUAGAUUUCAUGGUUAUAAAACAAUGUCAAAUUUAUUACAAGAAAUUUUAUCUAAAAAUAAUGAUGAUAUAUUACAACAAGAUAAAGAUGAAUUGAUUUGUAAAAUAUUUGAAAUUCUUCUUAAAUGGCCAGCAUUAAGUAAAAAUAAAAUAUCAUCAGCUCAAAUUGAAGAAGUUGUUCAAGAUAUUCAAUCUGGUUCAAAUAAUGAAAAAAUAAAACAGUUGGCUGAUGAAUUAUUAAAAAAAUGGUCAGUUUUAGAAAUGGCUUAUAGAAUCCCAAAACUGGAAAUCAAUACUGUUGAUAUUUCAGGUAUUGCAAGAACUUCUAAUUCUCCAGAACCCCUCACUGCUACUACUGCUACUUCCACUACCACCACUGUUAUUCCUAAUGCCACUAGUCCACAACAAGGAAUGAGACCACGACCUGGGGAUAUGAAUUAUGGGUUACCAAUGAAUUGGACAAGUGCAUAUGAUGCUGGAUCAGGGAAGUAUUAUUAUUAUCAUAAAGUAACUCAACAAUCACUGUGGGAUAGACCACCAGGUUCAUUACCAUUAGGACCAAAACCACCAAUUGGACCAGGGAUAAAUGGGAAAAUCAAUAAAUAUAAUGAAACUGAUUUAGCAAGAAGAGAAGAACUUAGAUUACAACAAGAAAAACAACAAAAAUUACGUGAAAUUGAAGAAAGACAACGUCAUAUUAGAGAAAUUAUUGAACAGAAUAAAUCUCAAAAUAGCACACCUGUUCCUGAAUCAAAUGAUAAACAACGAACUAAUAAACCACAUCAUUCUGUUCAUAAUCACCAAAAGGAGCAUAAACAUAAAGAACAUAAACAUAAACAUGGGAAUGGAAAUGGAAAUGAACAAUUGGAUGUUAAAAAAGUUGAAAAACAAUGGAAAUAUCUUCUAGCUAAACAUAUACCUAAUUAUUUAAAAAAAUAUGAAUCAGAAAUUGGUAAAGAUAAUAUUAAAGGAUGUGCUAAAGAAUUAGUAGCUACAGUAACAAGAGGAGAAAUGAAAUUAAAUCCAACUUCACCUGCUCCUGUUGAAUUAGAUAGUAAAAGACUUCAAAAAAUUAAACAACUUACUCAUGAUUAUAUGGAGAAAUUUAUGAACAAAUAUAGAUCCAAGAAGAGAAAACAUGAUGAGGAAGAACAAGUAGAUAAUGGUGAUAAACGUGUUAAAAAUUAG